AGGUGGAGAGCCCUGCCUGACGCACACACAAACAAACAAGAGACCAUGCUGUCAUCUUCUUCAGAGACUUACAGUAAUCGCUGCUGCUUAAUAAGUGAGCAACGCAAAACCCAUCACCAUCUCUGCAACUGCAUUGUUUCUCCUCUAUAAAUUACUAAACCUCGGGCCUCCACUUCCCUGCCUCUCCUCCUCCUCCUCCUCGUCACCUCUUCUCGCCUGCACCGGCGUGCGAGAUCACGACUGCAGUGAGAUCACAUGGGGAAGAGAUCAUCUCCUGAUCCUGCGUCAUCUUCCUCGCCACCGCCGCCGCCUUCGCCGUCGUCUUCCUCCUCCGAGGACGACUCCUCUUCGGCCAUGUCGGUUCCCUGCAAGAGGAGGGGGAGGACACAGAAGAGCGCCACCGGCGCCAAGGCCAAGAGGGUCAAGAAGGAGAGCAAGGAGUCUACUGAUCCUUCUGCCAAUGGCGGCGGCGGCGGCAAGAGGAGCUCCAUCUACAGGGGUGUCACCAGGCAUCGGUGGACAGGCAGAUUUGAGGCCCAUCUGUGGGACAAGAAUUGCUCCACUUCUCUUCAGAACAAGAAGAAAGGGAGGCAAGUCUAUUUGGGGGCUUAUGAUAGUGAGGAAGCAGCUGCCCGUGCAUAUGACCUUGCAGCUCUCAAAUAUUGGGGUCCUGAGACAGUGCUCAAUUUCCCACUGGAGGAAUUUGAGAAGGAGAGGUUGGAGAUGGAGGGGGUGUCCAGGGAGGAGUACUUGGCUUCUCUCCGUCGCCGGAGCAGUGGCUUCUCCAGGGGUGUCUCCAAGUACAGAGGCGUUGCCAGGCAUCACCACAAUGGACGGUGGGAAGCACGGAUAGGGCGGGUCCUGGGAAACAAGUACCUCUACCUGGGUACUUUCGAUACCCAAGAGGAGGCCGCCAAGGCCUAUGAUCUUGCUGCCAUCGAAUACCGAGGUGCCAAUGCGGUAACCAACUUCGACAUUAGCUGCUAUCUGGACCAGCCACAGUUACUGGCACAGCUGCAACAGGAGCCACAGGAGGUGCCAGCAUUACAUGAAGAGCCUCAAGAUGAUGGCCAAAGUGAGAAUGCAGUCCAAGAGCUCAGUUCCAGUGAAGCAAAUACAUCUAGUGACGACAACGAACCACUUGCAGUUGAUGACAGUACCGAAUGCAUGAAUGAACCCCUUCCAGUUUCUGAUGGCAUUGAAGAAAGCCUCUGGAGCCCUUGCUUGGAUUAUGAAUUGGAUACAAUGGCUGGGGCUUACUCCAGCAACUCGAUGAAUUUCAGUGAAUGGUUCAAUGGUGAAGCUUUCGAUGGCAGCAUGGACUACCUAUUUGAAGGAUGCUCCAGUACAAUUGAAGGCAGCAAGGAUAGCUCGGGCCUGGCAGAAUACAAUUUGUUUGAGGAAUGCAAUAUGUUGGAGGACAUUUCAGACUUUUUAGAAAAGGACAUUUCAGAUAGGGAGCAAAUAUCUCCUCAAGCAAACAAUAUCUCCUACCCUCAAAAAAUUAUCAGUGUGUGCAACUGAUUAUCUGUGUGUGUGUUGAUGUGAUAAGAAUAUUGAGAUAUACAGGGAAGUUCUCAGGAUUACAGUGGGUUAUGUUUCUUUGUUCAGUGGCACUGCUGCAAAGAAGCAAAGCUUCUGGUAGGAGUUCCAUUCAGGUGGGAACUGAAAAGAUUCAUAUGCUCCUCCCUGUGGUCCUAGUCUCCUAGAAACCCAAAGACAAUCAACUUGGCAUGAGACGAGUGUCUGUGUUCUUUUUGUUGUAAUACCCCAAAGGUUGACUGAUUAACUAGGGAGAGAAUUUUCUCCCUUACCCUAGAACAGUAGAAUCCUAGAUUGAGCUAGUUAAUUCUGAUUACUUAGAUUUUGAUGCUUGAGUGGUACUGUAGGUGUUCCCACAAGGAAACUGGCAAGUUCACAGUUUUAUAAGAUAUGGAGCAUUUGUUAUACAGAAAUCACAUUAUGUAAAUCUAACCAACUUCCAGAAUAUACAGUCAAUAAUAUACAUCUUUUGGUUGAGGCA